AUGUCAACCAUCAGAGUAAUGGCCCUUGAUACAAAUCCGCUAUCGGGUAGCCUCCCAGCAAACAUAGGCCUCGGGGUUCCAAACCUACAAUUCUUUUACGUGGGAGCAACUGACCUCAGCGGAGUAAUUCCCAACCUCUCCAAUGCUUCUAUGCUCAUCAAUAUGGAUUUGGGCAGAAACUCAUUUACAGGGUUUAUUCCAAGCACGCUCUGUGCCUUAACAAACAUUGAGUCCAUUAGAUUAGGAAGUAAUAAUUUGACGAUUGAGACUUCGACUCUCUCUUGUUUGGCUAAUCUUGGAAAUUUGAGAACACUAAGCUUGGCAAAUAAUCCGUUAAAUGCUAGACUUGAUGAUUCCUUUUGGAAUUUCUCUACAUCGAGGCUUCAAUCCAUUAAUUUACAAAAUUCCAGCAUGAGGGGUAGCAUUCCCUUUAGUAUUGGCAACUUGAGCAGCUUGAUAUCCUUAAGCCUGGAAUACAAUCAAUUGAGUGGAUCAAUUCCAACUUCUGUGGGAAGACUUGGGAAUCUCCAAGGUUUGUACUUGGGUUACAACAAAUUGCAAGGGCACAUCCCAUAUGAACUUUGUGAGCUAUAUAACCUAGCUGAAUUGGAUUUGGGUAGCAAUCAACUCUCUGGUUCUAUACCUUUCUGCUUGGGUAAUCUAACUGCAUCUCUAAGACGUCUAUCACUAUGGUCCAAUUGGUUGAGUUUCACAAUACCAUCUACUUUAUGGAGACUUGCCUAUGUCAUGUAUGUAGACUUAUCAUACAAUUCUCUAAUUGGACCUCUCUCGGAAGAUAUUGGAAAGUUGAAAGUUGUGAUAGAGGUACAUUUAUCAUAUAACCAUUUAUCUGGUAUUAUACCAAGCACUAUUGGGGCUCUUCCGAAUUUGGUUAACCUAACCUUGGCAAAUAAUAAUUUCGAAGGCCCUAUUCCAAGUACAUUUCACGACUUGCUAAGCCUGAAUCUCUUGGAUUUAUCUAGAAACAAUCUGUCUGGAGUGAUUCCAAGGUCUUUAGAAGCUCUCUUACUUCUCAAGUAUCUGGAUUUGUCCUUCAACAAGCUCCAAGGAGAAAUUCCAUCUGGUGGACCCUUCCAAAACUUCUCCGCUCAAUCAUUUGUCUCAAACACUGCACUUUGUGGUGCACCCCGACUUCAUGUUCCACCAUGCAAAAAUGGUACACUUGAACCAAAUUGGAGGAAAGCUAAAUAUAUAAUCCCGGGGAUCAUAUCAGUAGUGCUACUAGUGGCCUCUGUAUCUAUCUUUCUUUUACGCAGAAAAAGGAAUGUGGAAGUUCCAACAGAGUCUACCUUAUUGUCUCAACUUCUUUGGAGAAGAGUUUCACACCUAGAACUUCUAAGGGUGACAAAUGGAUUUAACGAAGAAAACAACUUACUCGGAAGUGGGGGUUUUGGCUUAGUAUAUAAAGGGACACUUUCAGAUGGAAUAGAUAUUGCGGUAAAGGUUUUCAAUUUACAGCUAGAAGGGGCUUUCAAGAGUUUUGAUAGGGAAUGUGAAAUGCUAAGCAACAUUCGUCACCGAAACCUUAUCAAAAUCAUCAGUUGUUGCAGUGAAAUUGACUUCAAAGCCUUGGUACUGCAAUACAUGCCUAAUGGGAGCCUGGAGAAGUGGUUGUAUUCUGAGAAUUGUUCUUUGAAUAUCCUAGAGCGGUUGACUAUAUUAAUAGAUGUUGCAGCGGCAUUAGAAUACCUUCAUCAUGGUUAUUCAGUGCCUAUUGUCCACUGCGAUUUGAAGCCGAGCAAUAUACUACUAGACCAUGAUAUGGUUGCGCAUGUUGCUGAUUUUGGAAUUGCAAAACUCUUGGGUGGAGGAGAAUUUAUGACCCAAACCAUGACCCUAGCCACAGUUGGGUAUAUGGCUCCAGAGUAUGGAAUGGAAGGAAUAGUUUCAACAGGAGGGGAUGUAUACAGUUUUGGGAUUGUAGUGAUGGAAACAUUCACAAGAAGAAAGCCAACAGAUGAGAUGUUUGUUGGUGAAAUGAAUUUAAAGCAAUGGAUUGCAAACUCACUAGUAUUACCAGAUGCAAUGACAGAUGAAGUUGUGGAUGGCAAUUUGCUUGGGAUUGGGGCACAGCAGGAAGAUGAUGAUCAUGUGGGGAAGAGGGAUUGCAUAUCAGCCAUUAUGAGAUUAUCUCUUGCUUGCUGUGCAGAAUCACCAGAAGAGAGGGUAAGUAUGAAAGAAGCUGUAGCCACACUCAACAAAAUCAAGACAAAGUUUGUGAAGGACAUUUCUGCAAGAGGUGUGUUGUUAAACCGUCCUCUUGUUCAGCGCUUCAAUUAA